GUUUUCAAGAUAAUCAAGAUUGUGAAUUAUUACCAGAUCCAUACACCACCGGCGAUAUGAAUCAGAAAAAUUACACAAUCCUCACACAAGAAAGCAUCAGACAACUCCAAAAUAAUGAAAAUUUUGGCGUCGAGGCAGUGGUGGAAGAUAAAGAUGACUUUCUUCGAUCCUACGUGGCGGCCCACGGGAACAUCAAGUGGUGCCCUAACCCUGCAUGCGAUCGUGCGGUCCAGAUUGACUCCCAGCUGGCAGACGAGACGAAAAACUACGACGUGGUGUGCGAUUGCUCGCACGCGUUUUGCUGGAACUGCACGGAGGAAAUCCACCGCCCUGUCGACUGCGAAACGGUCAACAAGUGGAACAAGCUGAAUAGCUACGGGCCGGAAAACACGACAUGGAUAAUGUCUUUCACAAAGCCAUGUCCGAAUUGCGGCACCAACAUCGAAAAGGACAAAAACCCGGGCUGCAAUCGCAUGACGUGUCCGAGCCCUUGUAGCUUCGAAUUUUGCUGGCUGUGCCUUAAUCCCUGGAGCAACAACGCCAGCCACGCUAGUUGCCGCGAUUACUACAAGUUCUACACUAGGUCAAGCUUGAUGCAGAGGCACGCAAAUUUAUAUCGAAAAUACGCCUGGAAUCAUAAUUCCAGGGAAACCGCCCUGGAUACUCUUCGUCGGUUCAAGAAGAAUAAACUCGCGUUGGAGCAGAUAGUAGAAUACAGGCGAGUAUUGAAAUGGAGUUACGCGUAUUUACAUGCCAUGGGUUUCACUUACAAUGCGGCUCCCGGCAAUCGAGGAUUGAUACUGAAAAUGGUGUAUUUAUUAUUCUUGCAAGAGACUUUGGAUUUUUCUCUGACGGAGCUUCAAAAAUACUAUUGUGAUUCCGACAACAAUCAAUCGAAGAAGCGGAAGUACACGCCAGCAAAGCUUGCCGAGCUUGCCGAUGUAACGAGGGGUCGGUUUGAGGAAUUGGUUAGGGCGUUGGAGAACGAUGUUUGUGACGCUGAGGUGCGGAGUUUUUCUGAGCUAAGAGGGGGAGAACGAAAGCAAGUUUUGAAAAACGUGUGUGUCGUUUUGGGUUGUUGCGCAGCUCUUGGUUUAUUUGGAAUUAUUGAUGUUUUCGUUGUUGUUGGUCUCUUAUCUUUUGAAGCAAUUAAAUUUACGUCUAGGUUUUUAUGCAAUCGAUAA